AGUGUGUGUCUUUCUUUCUCUGCCAAAUGAAAGAAUAAUAAGAUCCACCCCACUCAACCGAAGAAAACGCGUCUUCUUUUGGCGUUUCUUUGUUCCCCCAGCCUCUCUUUUUCUUCUUCCUUUCCCCCGCUAUAUAUACAAACACAACCUGCGAUACUCACAUUCACACAAACACAAACACAAACAUCAUUAUGCCUCCAUCAUCACUGUUUUCAAACAUGCAUUUCUUGUUCUUUUUUCUUCUCUCCUCCAUACACCUCUCUGUACAACUCAACCACACCACCACCACCACCACCACUAACAACUCAACCUCAUUAUUCUCACUCUCUUUCCCUCUCACAUCACUCUCCCUCUCCACCAACACCGCUCUCAAGAUGAUGCUACGCAACUCACUCAUUGCAAACACAAACAACAACAACACACAACUUAAAUCACCACCUUCUUCUCCUUACAACUACAAGUUGUCUUUCAAAUACUCCAUGGCUUUAAUCGUGGACCUUCCCAUUGGUACCCCACCGCAGGUCCAGCCCAUGGUGUUGGACACCGGAAGCCAGCUCUCGUGGAUUCAGUGUCACAAAAAAGCACCCGCGAAGCCUCCCCCAACGGCGUCGUUUGACCCUUCUCUCUCCUCUACCUUUUCUACCCUUCCGUGUACUCACCCUGUCUGCAAGCCCCGAAUUCCCGAUUUUACCCUCCCCACCUCCUGCGACCAGAACCGCCUCUGCCACUACUCCUACUUCUACGCCGACGGCACUUACGCCGAGGGCAAUCUCGUCAGAGAAAAAUUCACUUUUUCGCGUUCCCUUUUUACCCCCCCUCUCAUCCUCGGCUGCGCCACCGAGUCCACCGACCCCAGGGGCAUUUUGGGAAUGAACCGCGGACGCCUCUCCUUCGCUUCCCAGUCCAAAAUUACAAAAUUCUCCUACUGUGUCCCCACCCGCGUGACCCGACCUGGGUACACUCCAACCGGGUCGUUCUACCUUGGCCACAACCCGAAUUCCAACACGUUUCGGUACAUCGAAAUGUUGACUUUUGCUCGGAGUCAACGCAUGCCGAAUCUCGAUCCUUUGGCCUACACUGUAGCCUUACAGGGGAUAAGAAUCGGAGGAAGAAAACUCAACAUCUCGCCGGCGGUUUUUCGUGCCGAUGCUGGUGGGUCGGGUCAAACCAUGCUUGACUCCGGAUCCGAGUUUACUUACCUUGUUAACGAGGCUUAUGAUAAAGUGCGGGCUGAAGUAGUUAGGGCUGUGGGCCCCAGGAUGAAGAAGGGUUACGUGUACGGUGGUGUUGCGGACAUGUGUUUCGAUGGGAAUGCGAUUGAGAUCGGACGGCUAAUAGGGGACAUGGUGUUUGAGUUCGAGAAGGGGGUGCAAAUAGUGGUUCCCAAGGAGAGGGUUCUGGCUACCGUGGAGGGUGGGGUUCACUGCAUCGGGAUUGCGAACUCUGAUAAAUUGGGUGCGGCCAGUAACAUUAUUGGGAAUUUCCAUCAGCAGAAUCUGUGGGUGGAGUUUGAUCUGGUCAAUCGCAGAAUGGGUUUUGGUACGGCUGAUUGUAGUAGAUUGGCUAAGUAGAAUGGGGGAAACGUUAGAUAUGUGUUGGUGCAUGUAACUUGCGUGUGUCAGCUGUUGGUAACUAGAGAUUUUUUUGUACCAAGGGAAUAUCAACGUGUCACGUGUGUGAUCAGGCAUAUGAUCAUGAUGAUAUGGUUGAAAUCCAACGGUCCAAGAGCGAGGAAGAAAAAGAAAGUUCUACAACUGUUGCCAUGAUGACGCCAACUGCUUUUGGAAGAUGUGUGAAGGCACACAAGUUAUAUCUUGUACACUGAGAGACUAUUGUAUAUAAUGAGGAUUAAUUAGAGGAUGUGUAUUAUUUACAUAUAUUAAUUAAUAUUUAAUAUAUAUGAACCAUUGCUUUGUUUUUUGAGAUAUAAUAUAAUAAUGUAUACGAGAAUGUGAAUGUCC